AUGGAAAGUAAUGGUGGUGGAGGAGGAGAAGUAAGAAGAGUAAACUUAGUUUAUUUCCUUAGCCGUUCAGGUCACGUUGACCAUCCUCAUCUCUUGCGUGUUCAUCAUCUUUCUCGUAAUGGAGUGUUUCUUCGAGAUGUGAAGCGAUGGCUAGCAGACACACGAGGGGAUGCGAUGCCUGACGCAUUUUGUUGGUCUUGUAAGAGGAGGUAUAAGAGUGGAUAUGUAUGGCAAGAUUUAUUGGAUGAUGAUCUUAUUACUCCAAUCUCUGAUAACGAAUAUGUACUCAAAGGAUCUGAGAUUCUUCUAAGCUCUCCAAAAGAGGAUUCUUCUCAUGUGGAGAAGAAAGCUUGGGGGACAAGAAACGGUGUUGACGCUGGAGAAAAACUUCAGAAGUCGAAGUUAAAGUCGGAGACGAUGAUCCACAAAGAGUCUCCGGUCUUCUGCUCUCAGAGAUCGACGGCGACAACGUCGACAGUCACAGAGGAAUCCACCACGAACGAAGAAGAAACGAUUGUUCUCAAGAAACCAGAUCGGAAGAAAGUGUCCGGCGAGGGAACCGGGUCGGGUAACGAUGAGGAGGAGUCGGGUCGUCCGAGUGUGUCGUCAACGACGUCGUCUUCGAGUUACGUGAAGAGUAAGAGCCAUACGAGCGCACGUGCAUCGAACGUGUUACGGAACUUGAUGAAGUGUGGUGGUUUGGACAUAAACGACACCGUAUUGGUGCCUUUGAACAAGUCUUCUUCUUCUGGGGCUUUUGGUGCGGCUUGGGAUGAUGAACACAGAUUCCAAUACCAACAACAGCACAAUGCUCGAAAAAGCUUCGAAGGAUGGAGUAACAUCAAGAUGAAAGAGACAAUGGAAUUUUGUAAGCCAAAGGUGGCUUCAAGCAAGCCUUCUAUGGCUCCAUUUUGCUCGCAAUGUGGGAAGUUAUUCAAACCCGAGAAGAUGCAUUCACACAUGAAAUUGUGUCGAGGGAUGAAGAAUUCAUCUUCGAAGAAUGAUUCGAUCACGGGCAAUAAUACUGGUAAACCGAGGCAGCAACGAUGCAGAAUCAUUCCGGGAAAUCCAUUGGGACAUCAACGUGUAGUGAGGACUACUCUCAAAGAAUGA